UUAUCAACAGUCGAAUGUUUAAUCGACUUUACGUACACAACAUCUCAGUCGCUUAUCAAACUCCGCCCAAGCAACAUGGCUCAAGACUUCAAGUUAUACGAAAAUAUAUUCAUAGAAUCAAACCUCCAAUCGCCCGAUUAUGAUGGAGUCAUACUCAUUUUGUAUCCACAAGAAAUGAACAUACGUCUCCCGAGACACAUCAGCAGUUUUAUUGACAAGAUUUCUUUGGUUGAUAAGCAUAUCCAUAAAGUCGCUACUGUUUGGAAUUGUGAUUACGUCUCCGGUGGAAGAUUGGUGCUUUCUCCAACGGGAAAGAUAACUCCAUACCAUGAUGUUACUGUGGUCAAAGAAGCAGCUAAGAAAGGUAUGUUAAGAGCUUUAGAUGCUGGUAUGAAGAAACCUCUGUUAAUAGUCGAAAAUAUCGUCGAUUUCCCUGACGGACAGCUAGUAUGCAUUCUUGGAGGACUCGAAGCCUUCUAUGUGCCAUUACAAAUAAGAGAGAGACAAGAUUCGAAGAAUUUUAUCAGAAUAGGCUUACACGCGGAGGAGAAACACAAAGAGGCGUUUGAAAAAAUCGUUAGGAACGCGAUCGCUUUGGAAAGAUCUAGAAUCUUUGCGAGGGACAUCGCUGGAGGCGAUCCUGAAAGGAUGGCGCCUGCUAAAAUUGUUGAGUAUGUGGAAAACUCGUUUGCUGGUGAUAGUAAUAUAUAUAUUAAUGUUAUAGAUGAUGAAGAGUUUAUUGCUGAAAAUUAUCCCUUAUUAGCCGCUGUGUCUCGAGCAUCUAAUAGGGUAGAGAGACAUAAGACUAGAGUUGUUGAAAUAGAGUACAAUAGUUCUAAUCCGACUCGAGUAACAGAAACUUUGCUUUUGGUAGGCAAAGGUGUGACAUAUGAUACAGGUGGUGCAGAUAUCAAGAUUUCCGGUAAGAUGGCUGGUAUGUCUAGAGACAAAAGUGGUGCAGCAGCUGUUGCCGGUUUUCUAAAGGCCUGCGCUAUUUUGAAACCACCCCAUUUGAAAGUCAUUGGUGUUUUAUGUCUUACAAGAAAUUCUAUUGGCGAAGAAUCGUAUGUUGCUGAUGAAUUGUUGAUUUCUAAAAGCGGGAAAUUUGUACGAGUUACUAACACCGAUGCUGAAGGUAGAUUCGCUAUGGCGGAUUCAGUUUUCAAGCUAUCUGAAUUAGCGGGUAAGGAAUUAAACCCACAUAUUUACACAAUUGCAACCUUAACAGGUCAUGCUAGGGCCUGCUAUGGUAACUAUACAGCUGCGAUGGAUAACCAUAGUGCAAAAGCGACCAAUCAUUCUGGAAGACUCCAGUUCAGUGGUUCUAGAAUCGGAGAAGGUUUUGAAGUGUCUAUGGUCAGAGCGGAGGAUCUUGCUGUAAACAAUGGGAAAUGUAAGGGGGAUGAUUUGGUUCAAGUAUGUUGUGAUACGAAGUACAGGAACCACCAGCUAGCGGCUGGGUUUUUGAUUAAAGUAGGGGGGUUAGAAGAUAAAAAUAUUAAGUAUACCCAUCUAGAUAUUGCUGGUUCAGCUGGCAUGCCUCCAGAUGAACCAACUGCGGUUCCAAUUCUUUCGUUGUGUCAUUUACAUAAAGUUAUGUUGUGAGUUUAAAGCUAAUAUGUUUAUAUUGUUGUUUAUGGGGCCAUAGAAAUAUGGAGUGUUAGUGCUGAAAACUUUUACGAAUUAUUUCAAUGUGGUUAAAUAACAACCUCAUCAGAGCAGCCAGGCUGAUCCUUUGCGCAAAAAAUGAGCCAGCCCUUCUGUCACCAGAUUAGUCAGGGUCAAUCAACGGCGAUGAAAGGUCUCGUAAAAAUUUUGUAGCAUUAAGAUAAUAAUAAUUAUUGCGUUAAUUAUAUUGUAAAUUAAUAAAGGAAUUUUGUAUGUUA